CAGCGCCAUCAGCAUAACCUGCUGACACAGCAUCACCAGAUGGCGUACUCCACACAAACACUCGCUGGAGGCUGCUAUGGGAAAAUAUACAAGGAGAAGUUUGGAGACGCAUGGGCUGCUUUGAAGAGAGUUCCUCUUAGCCUCAUCAGCAGACAACAGCUGGAGAGAGAAUGCAAAGUCUAUCAUAAUGCUCGGCAUACAAACGUGGUGAAGCUUCUCGGUGAUCCUUGGCUGAAAGACUCCAAGUGGAACAUUCCUUUGGAGUUCAUCUCUGGGGAAGAUCUUGAGACGACCAUCUUCAAAGUUCAGCUUUCUAAAAUACAGCUGACGCCAGCAGUGAGAGCCACAAUCAUCACUGGUAUGAGUGAGGGUUUGCUUUAUCUGCACAGUAAAGACAUCGUCCACCAAGACCUCAAACCUGACAACAUCAUGGUGGAGUAUCAAACCCAUCGGGCCGUGAUCAUUGAUUUGGGACUGGCUAAAUUCUCUAGAAACGGACUCAGCUCUGCUGUUAACUUGGGCAAUGAAGCGUACUCACCUCCAGAGGUCCUGCAGAUGGGUGGAGUUCGGGACAAGCGAUCGGAUGUUUGGGCCAUGGGUAAACUCAUAGCUGAACUCUGUGCCAGGGUCAGGUUACCCACCCAAUCUGUGUCUGCCAUCAAAAUUCGUGAAACUCUCAAAGACCAGCCAUACUGUAGUGCAGUGUCCAAGAUGGUGGAAGUCAAUCCCGCUAACAGAGCUUCUAUGGCUGGAGUCAUCGCAGACAUCAGGAGAGCUGGUUCAGUUCAACAGGCAGACAUCAGACAAAGAGACAUCACAAGAGACAUCACAAGAGAGAUCCAAAGAGAGAUCCCAAGAGAGAUCCCAAGAGACAUCCACAGAGACAUCCAAAGAGAGAUCCCAAGAGAGAUCCCAAAAGACAUUACAGUUACACAUGUAAAUGAAAUGAGGGCAAAUCAAAAGUGGUAUCCAGCAGCAGCUCCUGUUCCUAAGAUGGAUGAAAGAAAAUCUCCUUUGUUAUAUUAUCGACGGGAUCCACCUCCACAGAGAGAGAUGGGAAAGGCAUUAGUUCCAGGUAAAGGUCAGGCCUUAAACCAUCAGCUGUCCCUGAUGUCAUUUCCUUGCCCUCUCCCAGAAACUGGAAAAGUGACUCAGGAACGCUACAUUGAAGAGAAAGGAGCUCUAGAAUAUAAAGAGAUCGUCACGAGGGGAGGGAAAAUCAUUAAAUAUGAGAAAGUGCAAAUAACCAAAGAUUCUUAA